AUGCAAGAAGGCCAAUCCAGGCUUAAUCUCGCAGUUUCACAAGGUGCACAGUCCAUCAGAACCAUGAAAGCUGCAUUUUAUGGCUACGGAUCCAUAAUUAUUUCAAAAGAUUUCGAAAAUUACAUGUCAAAUCCACCGAUCAUGGUAUCUUCAACCAGCGACAACAUCUAUUUGGAGGUAUCAGGUUCAUAUGUCCCAGUAAUUUUCGGAAACCUCAAAAAAGUUGUUAUUAACUCAAAUGUCGAAGGAUUAGAGACAUCUUUCCCAGAUAACAGCUUCUUCAAUUCGAAAUCAUUGGAGUUCUCCAUUCCGGACACCUCUAGAAUCAAAUCCAUCAAUAUGGGAAACUUCAAAAUUAAUGAACCGCUUGAAGACGAUGAAUGUUUGAUCAUUUCGCAUCCAGUCAUCAAGUUUGAGUCAUUAAGAGUCGGAAUAUCCCGUUUCUGCGAACUUAAGAACGUAAUUUGUCAAAAUUUAAUUGUUGAUAUGACAGAAAAGGUCAAUCUCCGCAAUUCUAUUGUAGACAAAGUAACUGUUCAAGGAGAUGCAGGCGCAGAAUCAUUCCCAACUGUUUUACUGUUUAAUACAACAAUCAAGAGCUCAUUAAUUGAUAUUGCAAGGCGAAGUGUUGAGAAAUUGUUGGAUGAAUCGAGAAUGGUCUUUAAUUCAGACGGUUCUUUCGAUUUGAGAACAAUUUCAGACAAAUUAGAGAAUAAUUUAUGGUUGCAAUUACCACUUUUUGUCAUCCUCUCAUAA